CCCAAACUGACAGGUACACUUUGUCGCUCCCAAUUAUUGCCCCCUCCUCCAUCUCAUCUCCAUAAUCUUCUCCAAUGCUCUCUUUCUUUCACAAAACACUGAAGAAUAUUUCUCAGCACCUUCAAUGGCUUCUUCCACCAUGCCCAAGCAGCUUGCCCAGCUCCUCCAAGAGCAGCAAGACCCUUUUGUCCUGGAACUCUACCUUCUGGAAAGAGGCUAUGUGAAGAACAAGACCCUCCAUUGCUACAAGAGGAGGAAGUUCAUUCCAAACUGUUCCAAGAUUGUGAAAACUUUAAUCAACAAGCUUUCAUUCGUUGGUGACAAGAAUAAAGGGAAUUCUAGUCUCAGGGAGAUUAUCAAGAGGAACAAGGAAGAACCAGCACAAUCAGAUGGAAGAAAGAUUGCUGCAGAUAGAAGGCUUCCAUGGAUGUGCAGGGGAGAGAAUGAAGAAAGCCCAGUUUCAGUCCUAGAAAAAUUGCCUUCAAAAGAAGAAGAAGAAGAACAAGAAGAAGAAGAACAAGAAGAAGAGUCACCAAUUCAUCAUGACAAUAUUUUCAAAGAAACAUUAUUUGGAAAGAAGAGGUUUGGCAUGCCUGGUUCUUCCUUCCAGCGCUUCGUAGAGACAAUGGCUUUGCAGCAACCAAAGCAGCUCCUAUAUGACUGGGUGAGGGAAAUGGUGGAGACCCGCCGUGCAUGGGAGGAGGACCGAAGACAGCGGCGGCAGCUGUUGCCGGAAUCUUUGAGGCCGGAGGAGCUCGGAAAGCUUCUGUUUGAGGGCAUGAGGAGUUGGAGCAACUUACGUGGGAAUUUAACCAACACAAUCCAACUUUUGAAUUCAGAUUUCGAAACUUCAGGUUCAGAAUGGCGCGAUUAUGAAGCUGAGAUUAGAGAAAUCGGUGUAGAGAUUGGAGAUGAUAUUUUAGAAGAUAUCAUCUUUAGAGAGAUAUUGUUUUAGACAUUGCACAACCAGAUUUGUAACGAGAAUAGAAAUCUAAAUCUGAUGACGGGUUCUUCUAGUUACCUGCUUGUUUAGAGCUUUUGUAAUGGGCAACUUGUACAUAUUACCUAUGUUUUCCUGGUUAUGCAUAUUUCUACAUGCUAGAA